UUACCUGGUGGACAGGUGGGAAGGAGGCGGAGGUAAGACAACCAACCCUCGUUCAGAUCAGAGUUUACAGCUUUUGUCCUGAAUCUGACUGUGCCAAAGUUCAGCGCUCACACAGCACGGACAAUAGAGAGUAAGAAGACACUGAACUAGAUGUUCUGCAGCCCGCUUCAUCUUUCGUAUUGUCUGCGGCACACCUGAGAAAAGAGAAGGAAAACACCUGAGAGUAUUCGGCGAGGCAGCGGGACGUAACUCAUCUGUAGGCGAUGCCAUACUGAGAUCCGUUUGACUGACAUCACCAUGGCGACGAGGAAUGCCGAGGUCCAGCGGAGGAUCGUGUCCAAAGACGGCCACAACAAUGUGCGCAUCGACAACGUGGAGGGCAUGGUGAAGCUGUACCUGCACGACAUCUGGACCACGGUGGUGGACAUGAAGUGGCGCUACAAGCUCACUCUGUUCGCCUCCACCUUCGUCAUGACCUGGUUCAUCUUCGGGGUCAUUUUCUACUUCAUCGGCAUGGGCAACGGGGACUUUGAUCCCGUUUUGAGCGCCAACCGCACAGCCUGCGUAGUGAAUGUUGAGACCCUCACCGGAGCCUUCCUGUUCUCCCUGGAGUCGCAGACCACCAUCGGGUACGGUUACCGGUACAUCACAGAGGAGUGCCCUCUGGCUAUCUUCACCCUGGUGGCUCAGCUCGUCAUCACCGGCCUGGCAGAGAUCUUCGUCACAGGGGCCUUCCUGGCUAAACUGGCCCGCCCCAAGAAGCGAGCAGAGACCAUCAAGUUCAGCCAGUCUGCGGUGAUCUGCAGGCGCAAUGGGAAGGUGUGUCUGAUGGUGAGGGUGGCCAACAUGAGGAAGAGUCUUCUGAUCCAGUGCCAGCUGACGGGGAAACUCCUCCAGUCCAAUGUCACGGAGGAAGGGGAGAAGACGCAGAUCCACCAGAGCUCUGUGGACUUCUUCAUGGACUCCAGUGGAGAGUGCCCCUUCCUGAUCCUCCCGCUCACCUUCUACCACGUCCUGGACGAGCACAGUCCUCUCGCGGGCCUCAACUCCGAGAACCUGCUCACCCGGGACUUCGAGCUGCUGGUGACCCUGAACGCCACCAUGGAGUCCACCGCUGCCACGUGCCAGAGCCGCACCUCCUACGUCCCGCAGGAGAUCCGCUGGGGGUACGAGUUCAAGCCGGUGUUAUUCAGCACCACGGGGGGCCGAUAUGUGGCAGAUUUCAACUUCUUUGACAAGGUGCAAGUCACCAACGAUGCAGCUUUCCUGAGUAACAACACGGAGAAGCUCAAACUGGAGGACGACUACAAGAAAGAAUAGAGGACAUGUUUUUUAUACUGUUUGAUGUAAAUGUGAAAGUUAGUUUGGGCUUGAUCAGUUCAACUUAGUAUGUUGUUAAUGUUAUCGACAGUAGAAUACUCAUUACCUUCCACCCCAACCCCCCCAUCUUGGCUCCACAUUGAGAAUAACAGAUUGCAGAGUCAGCAAUUCUUGACUUCCAGUUCAUCAUCUCCAGGUCAAUGUUUUUUUUUCUGAAGAUGUUCUACUCAGUAACUUGCACACAUGUAGGCCACAUCAACAUUAGGCUUAUUAUCAGGGUGCUUUAUAUGACGUUGAGAAUAGCAGACAAGCGGUAAGAAAUCCAACUGUUCAUGACAUGAUUCAUGGGAAUAAAUGUAAAAUGUGUUUGUCGUUUUGUCAGGAUGAGCUGAUAGAUGAACAUGGAAUAGUACAAUGUUGUUUCUAAAAGGUUUGUAAUGCACAUGUGUGUAAAUAAAGUAAAGUAAAGUAUG